CGACAAUCCUUUGCCUCUCCAAAGAAAGCAAAACAACAACAACAACAAGCAGCAGCGAUGUCGCGGCUGUUUGCGUGGCUGGCUCUGCUGGGUUUGGUGGCUGCAGUGGCGAUUGGAGCACAAGCAGAGGAGAAGACUGAUGCGACUGGCCAGUACUAUCAAGAUGUUGGUCGUGGCGUGCGCCUUUAUUCGGACGAUCCCAUCGAGUUUGUGAUUGUGGACACCAAGGAUGGCGCUCUUCGGGGCACACGCGUCAACAACACAGACUACUUCCUUGGCAUCCCGUUUGCAAAGCCACCGGUGGACGAUCUUCGCUGGCGCGCACCUCAGCCCGUGCAGCGCUGGUCCGGUGUUCGCGACGCCAAUCUCUACGCCCCAGACUGCACAUCCAGCAAGUCCAACUACAUCUAUCUUGGCAACACGUCCGAGGACUGCCUGUACCUGAACGUGUUCCGUCGCUCCACAGACUACAGCAAGGAGAAACUGCCUGUCAUGGCCUGGCUUUACGGUGGCAGCUGGGAAUACGGCGGCUCGAGCUUCAUUGUGUAUGACGGCGCAGCGAUGGCUGAUAUCGGCAAUGUGAUUAUCGUCACCAUCAACUACCGUCUCGGCGCCUUUGGUUACGCCGCCGCCCCCGCCUUGCAGAAGGAGGACAAGCACAACAGCACAGGCAACUACGGCACACAGGACCAGCGCGCAGCCCUGCAGUGGAUCCAAGACAAUAUUGCAAACUUUGGCGGCGAUCCAAAGAACGUGACGCUGUUUGGCCAGAGUGCCGGCGGUGCCUCCACCAGCAACCAUGUCGUCAUGCCACGCAGCAACGGGCUGUUUGACAAAGUUGUGAUUGAGAGUGGCCCACCAAGUGCGUGGACGUACAAGACACUCAACCAGUCGUCAUCGCACUUCUCCCGAAUUGCAUCUGCCGUCGGCUGCGCUGCCAAGACCAGCGAGGAGGAGGUUGCGUGCAUGCGCGGCGUCAACACGACGGAGAUCUGGCGCCACCAGGAGAACGACCCGUCUGUGCAGAUUGACUGGGGUCCCACCAUCGAUGGCGUCGAGCUCACCGAUGCCACAUGGAAGCUCUGGAAGGAGGGCAAGGUGAACAACGUCAGCGCGAUGAUGAUUGGCACUGUGAAGGACGAGGGCUCGCUCUUUGUUGAGCACAUCAAGCCCAAGGCCACGGAACAGGACCUGCAAACCUGGAUCAGCACCACGUUCACCGGCAACCUGUCUGAUACCAUUCGCAAGCUCUACUCUGCGUCCCAGUACGACACACCGUUCCUCGCCGCCAGCGCCAUCCUCAGCGACGCUGAGAUGACGUGCAAUGCGCGCCGUGCCAGUCGGGAGAUGACCAACAGGGGUGUGCCCUCGUUCCUGUACUCCUUCACCCACCUCCCCUUUGUUGUCAAGCUCGCCGAGCCAGGCUACGGUGUUAUGCACUCCAGCGAGGUGCCGUUUGUGUUCCGGUCCCGCCUCCUCCUCCUCGGAAAGGGCGAAGUAGAGCUCGCCAACAAGGUUGUGCGGUACUGGACCAACUUUGCGUGGAGCGGCGACCCCAACAUCGGACAGGAUAUGAAGCCGACGCCUGGCGCCGUGCCCUGGCCCCAAUUCUCCCCACAGUACAACACCUACCUCAACCUGAACAUGACGAUCACGCCCCAGCAGAACUUCACCUCCAACGCCAAGUGCGACUUCUGGGACAAGGUGUACGCGUCUGGCUGCAGCCUCUCCCAUCUCCCCGUCCCUUGCGACUUCUGAUGCGCACGCGCCCAAUGACACACACACCCGCAAACACGCACAAGCGACGGAGUUCAUGCUACGCUUGUUCCUUGUCGUUUUCGUUGUUUGCGUGGUUGUUCUCCCCCCCCUCCAAUUCCCAUUCUUACUGUUGUGGCUGUUUGCCCUGGUUGUGCUAUCUGUCUGUCUGUCUGUCUGUCUGUCUGUCUGUCUGUCUCUCUCUCUCUC